AUGAAGUUUAACACCCAGGGCCUGCUGGUGGGAGUCUCCAUGAUUGCCCAAACAUUCGCUGCUCCUAUCCUGGAACCACGAGCUACACUGGACGUAUCCGCUUUUGCUGAUCUUCGUCGUUCGGCUCAACUCUCAUCUGCUGCCUACAGCGGCUGUAGUGGAACAGCAUUCGAUGUCACUAUCACGAAAACCAUAUAUGAUGUUUUGACAGACACCAAUGGAUACAUUGGCUAUUCCGAUAGCAAGAAGACAAUUGCUGUUGUAAUGAAAGGGUCCACCACCAUUACCGACAUUCUGAACGACAUUGACACUACUCUUGUCACGCCCUCUCUCUCGGGGGUCAACUUCCCUUCUGGAGUCAGGAUUAUGCGAGGGAUUAACCGACCGUGGUCCGCUGUACAUGAUACCGUUAUUGCAGAGGUCAAGGCACUCAUCGCCAAAUACCCCACUUACACACUGGAAGCGACUGGCCAUUCCCUCGGUGGUGCCCUCACAUACAUUUCACACGUUGCUCUGGCUCAGAACUUCCCGGGCAAAGCACUGACUAGCACUGCCCUCGCUGCUUUCCCCAUCGGGAAUUCUGCUUGGGCCACUUUCGCGAGCUCCCAAAGUGGCACAUUGAAGCGUGGAAACAAUGCUUUGGACGGUGUUCCAAACAUGUACGUGAGCGGACUAUUCAACUUCCAGCACUACGGAACCGAAUACUACAGCUCUGGAUUGUCACUGAACACUUUCAAAUGUUCAGGUCAGCGAGACCUUCUUUGCUCGGCGGGCAAUCUCAUGUACGGUGUUACCGUCGGACAUUUCCAGAGCUUUGGCAUUACUAUGGCUCUCGCUGGUUGCAGAUAA